UAACCACAAGGCACAGCAUAAACCUCCAGGUUGUUUUCUCCUCUCACGUUGCUGUACUGCAGCUGCAGCCCCAUCUGAGUGGUUCUAGUGUUGUAAACACUCAUCUUCACGGCAAAAAUGUCCACAGCUGGGAAGGUCAUCAAGUGCAAGGCCGCAGUAGCCUGGGAGCCCGACAAGCCUGUGGUGAUUGAAGAGAUCGAGGUAGCGCCACCUCAGGCCGACGAGGUCCGCAUCAAGAUUGUGGCCACGUCUGUGUGCCACUCCGACCUGUAUCAUCUUUUGGAAAGUAUGAAUAAAGACGGCUUCCCAACCGUCCUUGGUCACGAAGCAGCCGGUAUUGUGGAAAGUGUCGGACCCGGAGUCACGGAAUUUCAACCAGGAGACAAGGUGAUUCCUCUGUUUAUCUCCCAGUGUCGAGAAUGUCGCUUCUGCAAGAGUCCAAAGACAAACCAAUGUGCGAAAGCAUGGACCAGAAUUCGUCAGGAAAUAAUGGCGGGAGUGGAGACCAGGUUUACCUGCAAGGGCAAGAAGGUGCUGCAGUUUAUGGGAACCAGUACCUUCUCUGAGUACACUGUGGUAAACCAGAUAGCUGUGGCUAAGAUAGACCCUGCUGCUCCUCUGGACAAGGUCUGUCUCCUUGGCUGUGGCAUCUGCACCGGAUAUGGAGCAGCUGUUAAUAACGCUAAGGUGGAACCAGGCUCCACGUGUGCUGUGUUUGGCCUGGGAGCUGUGGGUUUGGCUGCAGUCAUGGGCUGCAAGUCUGCAGGAGCUAAGAGGAUUAUCGCUGUUGACAUCAAUCCAGAGAAGUUUGAGAAGGCCAAGGUGUUUGGUGCAACCGACUUUGUGAACCCCAAAGAUCACGAUAAACCCAUCAACCAGGUGUUGAUGGAGAUGACUGAAAUAGGAGUGGACUACUCCGUGGAAUGUACUGGCAAUGUGGAAGUCAUGGUAAGUGCCAUGCAGUCUUGUGUGGCAGGUUGGGGUGUCAGCGUGAUUGUUGGCUGGACAGACAUGCACAACAUAACCACCAGACCUGGUGAGCUCAUCGCUGGACGUACUUGGAAGGGAUCUGUGUUCGGAGGGUUUAAGAGUAAGGACGGCGUAACUCAGAUGGUCAAAGCCUACCUGGACAAAAAGGUGAUGGUGGAUGAGUUCAUCACUCACAACUUGACUUUGGACCAAGUCAAUGACGCCAUUGAAAUGAUGAAGCACGGCAAAUGUAUCCGGACAGUCCUGAGUGUUUCUUCACAAUAAGAGCACUAUGUUACAAAGUAAUUUACCUCUACACCUUGCAGGACUAGUUUAGUUGCAUUUAAUGUAUUAGGUUAUUGUGAAUCAUAAAGUGCCAGUAUAUAGGGCAGCUUUAGCUAAUUAAGCUAAUUCCCAGCUGUAGUCCCCAGAAAGGUGAUAAAGGGCAUCCUAAAUGUUAAGUACUAUAUAUUAUCAACAUAGGUUAAAAAGGGGAAAGAAAACAAUAAAAACGAUUGAUGCAACAUGAAGCAUGUUAUUAAAAAAAGUGUUGGCACAAAA